AUGUUAAAUUCAAAUAUAUCUAUAAUUUCAAGCAUUGCAACAGAAAGGCGUGGAAGGCCUACGUAUCGAAAAGAUUAUAUAGGUUUUUAUCAUGCAGGCGUGUGGCCUAAGCGUAAAACAAUAGGCAUGUUUAAUUAUUAUGCAGUAUAUGAUAAUUAUCAAAGAGAUGUCAAAACUUUCACUUUCACUUUCACUUCUCCAAAUAUCGAGAGAUUUGAAAUCAUUGAAAAUGGAGAGUGGAAAAGCAUUGGGUCUCCAGAAUAUGUUUUCGCAUAUCGGGGUACGGAAAAGAUUUAA